AUGGCUGCCAGGGCUCAGCCGUCUCAUUCACGCGCCUGGGAAGCUCUAACGCCUCCGUUAUCAGAAUGGAUUUUGGAUGCAGUUGCUUCCAUGGGCUUUAGCCGCAUGACUCCUGUCCAGGCCUCCACUAUUCCCUUGUUUAUGGGCCAUAAAGAUGUCGUCGUGGAAGCCGUAACUGGAAGUGGGAAGACUAUUGCUUUUCUCAUUCCCAUCGUCGAGAAACUACUACGACUGGAAUCGCAAAUUAAAAAGCAUCAUAUUGGAGCAAUUAUUGUCUCACCCACUAGAGAACUGGCGGAGCAGAUACACAAUGUUCUGCUCUCGCUCCUCACAUUCCAUAGUCCGUCAGCUGCUGCAAUACAGCUUUCAAGCUCCAAUGAUGCAGAAAAUGAUCAAAGUAUCCCGGCAUCUCUUUCCUCCUCGGCUCUAAAAGUUGUUCCUCAACUUCUUGUUGGAGGUACUACCACUCCUGCACAGGACUUAAGUGCCUUUUUGAAACGGUCUCCAAACCUGCUAGUUUCUACACCUGGUCGGCUUUUAGAGCUGCUUUCUUCUCCUCAUGUCCAUUGCCCUCAAUCAUCAUUUGAAGUCCUUGUUCUUGAUGAAGCUGAUAGGCUUUUGGACUUGGGAUUUAAGGAUGACCUACAAAAGAUACUUGCCCGAGUACCGAAACAACGACGAACUGGUCUAUUUAGUGCUACAGUUAGCGAUGCUGUAGAUCAGAUAAUUCGAGUCGGACUUCGCAAUCCUGUAAAAAUUGCCGUCAAAGUGAAAGGAGCAUCGGGAACAGACGAGAAGCGUACCCCAGCGAGUUUACAAAUGACAUAUCUCAGCGUAUCUCCUGCGCAGAAAAUACCAGCAGUAAAGGAAAUACUCUCUUCAAUCGAGCCAACCCCUCAGAAAACGAUUAUAUACUUUUCGACUUGUGCAGCCGUAGAUUACUGGAGCCAGAUUAUGCCAUAUAUUUUACCUGAAAUAUUUGAUACAAUUCCCCUCCAUGGAAAACAUCCUCCUACCGUUCGACAGAAAAACUUUACACGCUUCACAACCUCGCUAUCACCGUCAGUCUUACUCACCACUGAUGUUGCUGCUAGAGGAUUAGAUAUUCCGCUUGUUGAUCUUGUUAUUCAAAUUGACCCUCCAACAGAUCCUAAGGCUUAUCUUCACCGCUGCGGUCGCGCUGGCCGCGCCGGUCGUCGUGGCCUGAGUAUUAUACUCCUUUGUUCUGGGCGAGAGGAGGACUAUAUCCCUUUCCUUGAAGUGCGGAAAACACCCGUGUCGCCUCUUGAGACUCCUGCUAUAUCGAUAUCCGAUCACAUGGUGACAGAGACAAUAAAUGAAAUACGCAAGGUUGUUCUCCGUGACCGAGCCACGCACGACAAAGCCCAAAAGGCGUUUGUUAGUUGGGUUCGCAGCUACACCAAACAUCACGCUAGCAGCAUAUUUCGUGUCGCGAACAUAGACUGGGAAGAAACGGGGCGGGCAUGGGGCUUACUUAAAUUGCCCAAGAUGCCCGAAUUGCAAAAAUUCACCGGCGACAAGACACUGGGCGCCACUGUUGACUGGGAAAAGUAUCCUUACAAAGACAAACAACGAGAGAAACAUCGUCAGGAAUCUCUAAGCGCUGCUCCUACACGUGGCUCUGGCCCUCUCAAAAGACCAGCUCCGACAUCUACGUCGAAUGACUCGUGGAGCAAAACACACGAAAGGAAAUCCGACAAAGAACAGCGACGAGAGCGCAAACGUGCAAAGAAAGAAAAACAACAAUGGCAAAGUAUGACUGAAGAACAAAAGGCUCAGGCGCGCGAAACCCAGGAAAUGGUAGAAGCGAUCCGCAAGAAGAAUCGCGAAACCCUGAAAGAACAGGGCAAAAGCAUUUCAUCUGGCGGCCAUCCGACAUUCAAGGGUGACAAGUUAGAUAUUGAUGGUCGUAUUGACAGGUCUGAGUUUGAAGGCUUUGAUUGA